UAGAAACAAAUUACUUUGUUGUGUAAUUUGGGUCAAAAAGAUGGAGAAUUCAUUUUUUGAAUAUCGAGACCAGUCGGGCGUAGAAGUAGAAAGUGACUCUGAUACAGAUGUAGUUGAAGAAAGUGUGCUCGAAGAUUUGAUACCAAAAACACCGAUGAAAACUCCUAUGCGUAAUAACCACACGGUUGUACCUGAUUCAGAGGAAUCUCUUGUUUACGAUGGAUCUGAAGAUGAACAAGAUACCCCUCAGGCCCCCAAAACUAUAAGGAAAAGCAUUGCUGAAGUCAUAGCAAGCAGUGAUGAUGAGGAAGUAUCUCCAGAGCUGAUACCCAAGCGUCGGCCACCGAUCCGCCCAAAAUCCCUCAACACCACCACGGACUCCCCAGUCAUCCGCCGAGUCAAGAAACGCAUGGUCCUUCUCGACUCCGACACGGACAACUCAAUCAUCAUAGAGAAAGACGGAAAGAGUAAAAUGAAAUGUCUUAAGGACACUCCGUUGAAACUUGAUGGUGGGAAAGAUGGUAAAGUUAAUGAUAGCGAGGAAAGUGAUGAGAGUAUGGAUGAAGAUGAAGAAAUUUUUGACAAAGGGAAAGAUGAAAGUGAUUAUGAUGCUAGGAGUAAAAAGAUUGGCAAAACAAUGGAUAGUGAUGAAAGUGAUUCUAGUCAUUAUGAUGAAGCUAUGGACGGACAAGGCAAAGAUGAUAACGACGAUGACAGUGAAAGUGAUGAAGGCACUAAAGUCGUUGAGGAAAGCGGCGACGGCGUCCACAACGACGAUGAUGAUGAUGACGGUUUAAACGAGGACCUGAUGGUGAUGUCGCGCGCGACGAGAAUGAGUAUUAUGGGAAUAAUACCGAAACAGAACGAUAGUGACGAGUCGGACUUUAUUGAGUCUGAUGAGAGCGCGAAACGUAGCAUGAGAGGCUCUACAGAAAGCUUAACCGACCUACCCGUUGACGCUGCCUCAAGCAGGAUUCCCCUUGCUGAAUCCACCCGGAGAGCCACAGAAAUGAACCUGUCACCUCUUCGUGAAGGUUCUGACAGCGACUCAGAUCUACCAGAAGUCAAUAUAACCACCCGGACACCACAUAAACUAAAAACACCAAAACCUUUAACACCGGUCAAAACUUUAGAAGACAGUGACGAUUCAGUGUUGACUUGCUCACCCAUACAAAGCCCUCUACGUGAUGUUACAGCAGAUUUUCAAAACUCUCCAAAAACUAAGAAGAAUGCUGCGCUAGAAAACUUGAAAGAUAAAGUUUUGAAAAACAUAUCAAAUGACCAUAAAACUUAUUAUGACGGAGAAGUGACAGUAGUGAAUGAGAAACCGAAAAGUAAAACAGCAAAGAAUAGUUACUAUAAUGGUGAAGUGACAGUUGUGGAGGAGGCGGGGAAAGGGACGGAGUUAUUGGAAGGAAAGGAGAAUGUGUGUGAUGAUGAUGUGGCUGUGAUCGAGUCGGUGCCUGAAGUCAUCAUGCUGAGUAGUGAUGAGGAGGAUGAGCUGUCCGCCCCAAAGGUAGCCCUCAAAACAUCUCCAAAGACAAAAAUUUCUCCGAAGCCGAAGCCUGAGAAGCGAGAUAACACCAUCAAACAGUACCUGCCUCCGCCCAGCUACCCAAACCAAGUGAUCUACGUGCCAAAACAUGUGCUCGAUAAUGAGCUUAGCAAGCUCAAUGGUAUGCAAGCGGACUUGCACAACAUCAGGAACCUCCUGGACAACAUGGACGUCACUACUCUCCCCGACGGCGGUUCCAAGCUCAUCACCCGCCUCACCGAACUGGAGGCGGCUGUCCGAAGGCAGGGGGACAGAGUCCGCAACAUGGUGGUGGAGUCUAGCCAACCCACGCCGGCGGACAUUGCGAGGGAUGGCUACGACCAGGGGCUGACCUGGGACGAUCUGCCUGCAGGGACGAUCAGUGGACAUGCGAGGGAGACGAGGCUGACCUGGGACGAUCUGCAGAAGGCUAGCAACGCUGUGCAGCCCAGGAUGUUUGGCAAGCAGGCGAGGGACUACGACCAGGGGCUGACCUGGGACGAUCUGCAGAAGGCUAGCAACGCUGUGCAGCCCAGGAUGUUUGGCAAGCAGGUGGACAUAGCGAGGGAUGGCUACGACCAGGGGCUGACCUGGGACGAUCUGCAGAAGGCUAGCAACGCUGUGCAGCCCAGGAUGUUUGGCAAGCAGGUGGACAUAGCGAGGGAUGGCUACGACCAGGGGCUGACCUGGGACGAUCUGCAGAAGGCUAGCAACGCUGUGCAGCCCAGGAUGUUUGGCAAGCAGGUGGACAUAGCGAGGGAUGGCUACGACCAGGGGCUGACCUGGGACGAUCUGCAGAAGGCUAGCAACGCUGUGCAGCCCAGGAUGUUUGGCAAGCAGGGUGAGUGA